AUGGCCCUGGAGGGUUCUCGACACUGCAGGCUUUCAGAAAACAAGACACCAGAGUCAGGGGAGUGUGACCUGCUAAUGCAUCCCAAACUGCAGUUCCGCCACCGCAGCAGACAUCCCGGGAAACGGGUAGACUACCUGGAGUGUGUCGCCGUGACGCAGCAGCAGCCGGCUGCUUCGGAUGAACGGUCCUACGGCACCCCAUUCCCAGCAGGGUCCUAUAGCACCCCAUUCCCAGCAGGGUCCUACGGCACGCCAUUCCCAGCAGGGUCCUACGGCACGCCAUUCCCAGCACGGUCCUACGGCACCCCAUUCCCAGCACGGUCCUACGGCACCCCAUUCCCAGCAGGGUCCUACGGCACCCCAUUCCCAGCAGGGUCCUACGGCACCCCAUUCCCAGCAGGGUCCUACGGCACCCCAUUCCCAGCAGGGUCCUACGGCACCCCAUUCCCAGCAGGGUCCUACGGCACGCCAUUCCCAGCAGGGUCCUACGGCACGCCAUUCCCAGCAGGGUCCUACGGCACCCCAUUCCCAGCAGGGUCCUACGGCACCCCAUUCCCAGCAGGGUCCUAUGGCACCCCAUUCCCAGCAGGGUCCUACGGCACCCCAUUCCCAGCAGGGUCCUACGGCACCCCAUUCCCAGCAGGGUCCUACGGCACCCCAUUCCCAGCAGGGUCCUACAGCACCCCAUUCCCAGCAGGGUCCUACGGCACCCCAUUCCCAGCAGGGUCCUAUGGCACCCCACUCCCAGCAGGGUCCUAUGGCACCCCAUUCCCAGCAGGGUCCUAUGGCACGCCAUUCCCAGCAGGGUCCUAUGGCACCCCACUCCCAGCAGGGUCCUAUGGCACCCCAUUCCCAGCAGGGUCCUACGGCACCCCAUUCCCAGCAGGGUCCUACGGCACCCCAUUCCCAGCACGGUCCUACGGCACCCCAUUCCCAGCAGGGUCCUACGGCACCCCAUUCCCAGCAGGGUCCUACGGCACCCCAUUCCCAGCAGGGUCCUACGGCACCCCAUUCCCAGCAGGGUCCUAUGGCACGCCAUUCCCAGCAGGGUCCUAUGGCACCCCAUUCCCAGCAGGGUCCUACGGCACCCCAUUCCCAGCAGGGUCCUACGGCACCCCAUUCCCAGCAGGGUCCUACGGCACCCCACUCCCAGCAGGGUCCUAUGGCACGCCAUUCCCAGCAGGGUCCUAUGGCACCCCAUUCCCAGCAGGGUCCUACGGCACCCCAUUCCCAGCAGGGUCCUACGGCACCCCAUUCCCAGCAGGGUCCUACGGCACCCCAUUCCCAGCAGGGUCCUACGGCACCCCACUCCCAGCAGGGUCCUAUGGCACGCCAUUCCCAGCAGGGUCCUACGGCACCCCAUUCCCAGCAGGGUCCUACGGCACCCCAUUCCCAGCAGGGUCCUACGGCACCCCAUUCCCAGCACGGUCCUACGGCACCCCAUUCCCAGCAGGGUCCUACGGCACCCCAUUCCCAGCAGGGUCCUACGGCACCCCAUUCCCAGCAGGGUCCUACGGCACCCCACUCCCAGCAGGGUCCUAUGGCACGCCAUUCCCAGCAGGGUCCUAUGGCACCCCAUUCCCAGCAGGGUCCUACGGCACGCCAUUCCCAGCAGGGUCCUACGGCACCCCAUUCCCAGCAGGGUCCUACGGCACCCCAUUCCCAGCAGGGUCCUAUGGCACCCCAUUCCCAGCAGGGUCCUAUGGCACCCCAUUCCCAGCAGGGUCCUACGGCACGCCAUUCCCAGCAGGGUCCUAUGGCACCCCAUUCCCAGCAGGGUCCUACGGCACCCCAUUCCCAGCAGGGUCCUACGGCACCCCAUUCCCAGCACGGUCCUACGGCACCCCAUUCCCAGCAGGGUCCUACGGCACCCCAUUCCCAGCAGGGUCCUACGGCACCCCAUUCCCAGCAGGGUCCUACAGCACCCCAUUCCCAGCAGGGUCCUACGGCACCCCAUUCCCAGCAGGGUCCUACGGCACCCCAUUCCCAGCAGGGUCCUACGGCACCCCACUCCCAGCAGGGUCCUAUGGCACGCCAUUCCCAGCAGGGUCCUAUGGCACCCCAUUCCCAGCAGGGUCCUAUGGCACCCCACUCCCAGCAGGGUCCUAUGGCACCCCAUUCCCAGCAGGGUCCUACGGCACCCCAUUCCCAGCUGGGUCCUACGGCACCCCAUUCCCAGCAGGGUCCAGACACCACAGUACUGGCCUCCCACCCCAGACCUCUACUCUGAACACCAGUAUUCCAAGAGACGUUCUUACACCCCCACAACGCUGUUGGCAGGGGGCUUGA